UUGCUUCCUCCCUAGCCUUAAAAGUAGUUAGCAAGCUAGCGUGUCGCGACUCAAGUAACAACAAGUCUCUCACUGAAAAGCAAAUACGAAAUUGAAAGAAAAAGUUACCCGGCACAAAGUCGUGGAAUGCCGCACAUUGGCUGCGGUUGCUGGACGUGGCUCGCGCUUCUCGCGCCGACCGAGUAGCGCUGUCACGCGCAGCUGGAUGUGACAGGUUCGCCAUCAGAUUGGUGACAGAAAGUGCCUUGUGAGACAGCAUCCCUACUAGAAGAUCUGUGAAAGUUUUGAAGAUUUCCUGAGUCCAUCUGCAGUCGAGACAGGACGCUCAGAAACGCUUGCUUUAAGCCCUUAACUCUAAACUUCAGAAUAUCGCUUUUUCCUGUCUACAUCAGUUCAUUCACUUUUGGACAUUUUGGAGACUUUGGGAAAACCAACUGAACUCAUCUCUGAGAAUGCUUCCUCUGCUUGGUCAGAGGUUUGAACUUGAUUCUUGCUGAGUGAUGAAAAAUCCACUGUUUAAGUGACAAAUUUCGCAACAGCAUUGUAGUCCCGUGUACUGCUCACAAACAAGACUGAAAGUUCAUUACCGCCACUUUGCUGUCUGCAACGACAAGUCAUCCACUUAGCUGAAGCAAGUUUUUCGGCAGGUUUUUUAGCUGCAAACAUCAGUUGUUUUUCCUGGAAUCCUGUACCAACUCCUCCGAAGACGUGCUGCCUUCUGAAACCAAGUGUGCUACAAACCAGCUAGCGACGCUGACAUGGCUCUGAACAUCGCUUCCAUUCGUGACACAAAAUGGCUGACCUUGGAAGUGUGUCGGCAGUUUCAGAGGGGGACUUGUUCACGCAGUGAUGAAGAGUGCAAAUUUGCCCAUCCACCUAAAAGCUGCCAGGUGGAAAACGGGAGAGUGAUCGCCUGUUUUGACUCUUUAAAGGGCCGCUGCACACGGGAGAACUGCAAGUACCUACACCCGCCUGCCCACCUGAAGACCCAACUAGAGAUCAACGGGCGUAAUAACCUGAUCCAGCAGAAGACAGCAGCCGCCAUGUUGGCUCAUCAGAUGCAGUUUAUGAUUCCUGGCACCACCAUGCAACCGGUGACCUUUCCAGUUAGUCAAGCCCUGGGCUCCAGCGCGGGUUUGAGCUACACACCAUACCUGACUCCCAUGUCGCACAGCAUGGGCCUGGUGCCCACAGACAUCUUGCCCAGCACCCCAGUGAUCGUCCCAGGCAGUCCUCCUGUGUCGAUGUCUACAAGCUCCUCUGCCAACCAGAAACUGCUGCGAACAGACAAGCUGGAGGUUUGUCGUGAAUUCCAGCGGGGCAACUGCGCCCGUGGCGAGACCGACUGCCGCUUCGCCCACCCAAGCGACAGCCCCAUGAUCGACACCAGUGACAACACAGUCACCGUCUGCAUGGACUAUAUCAAGAGUCGUUGCUCCCGCGAGAAGUGCAAGUACUUCCACCCACCGGGGCACUUGCAGGCCAAAAUCAAGGCUGCCCAACACCAGGCCAACCAGACAGCAGUCGCCGCACAAGCCGCCGCCACGACAGCUGCGAUGACUCAGUCGACUGCCAAAGCAAUGAAGCGACCCCUCGAGGCAACUGUAGAACUGGCGUUUCCUCACAGCGUCCUUCAGCCGCUACCAAAGAGACCGGCACUGGAGAAGAGCAACGGUGCCAGCUCCCUGUUCAACCCCAGCUUCUUGCACUACCAGCAGGCCCUGGCCAGCGCUCAGCUCCAGCAGCCAGCUUUCUUUCCCACAGGGUCAGUCUUGUGCAUGACGCCUGCUAGCAGUCUUGUCCCAAUGAUGUACAGUGCUACGCCUGCUACUGUCUCUGCAGCAACAACUCCUGCCACAAGUGUCCCCUACGCAGCAACAGCACCAGCCAAUCAGAUCAUCCUGAAGUAAACGCCACGGAGGGAGCGACGUGGGAAGGAGCCGCACUGGGAAACCCACAACUGCUCCCGUGUAAAUACUACCUUACCUCUCCCGCAGAGGCAACCUGCAUGCUCAGAGUGUAACACUGAACUGCACUUCCUGCAGUGUCGGCCUCACACACACAUACACACAAACCCACCAUAUAUAGCGUAUAAGAUCUUGUGUAGUCGCACACACAACAAAGAUACCACAGUGGUCAUUGUAACCCAUUCUAUUUAUUUUGUGGUCCUCCGUUAGCAACAAAUGGAUGUUUGAUUUGCACUGCAGACACAAACAGUGCAUUCUACUCAAGCGGAAGUCAGAGAAAACCUGCGAGUUGACGCUCUGCUCUCUUGAUGGCCUCCAGUGCUUGUUUUGUUUUUUUUGUUUGUUUUUUUGUCUUGCGGGCUAUGCGGGGCUCUCCUCGGCGCUAGACCUCCGAUCUGAUCCGGAAGCAUUUUGCCAAAGUGGCCACCGGGAGAAGAAUGUUCUUGGCGUUUCCCAAAGCCGCUUAGCUAACACACCAAUAACAACGCAGCGUUGACUUGCGGAGGAGCAGCAAACACUGACUUCGGAGAAGCCCCAAGGCCGGGGUCCGUGCCAAGGGCUUAACCAAGCUUGUCGGGAGAGAUACCAAGCCAUGUGUGUGUGUGUGUGUGUGUGUGUGUGUGUGUGUUUUUGAGAACUGUCUGCCGGCAGACACAGAAACGAGUGGUUGAGUCGGCGACGAUGACGCCGGCACCCUAAUGGAUUGACGCCGGCGACUGGUGAGACGGUGUUUGGUGGGGUUGAAGGGGUUUUUAAGUGCUAAACAAAAACUUUUGGUGCAUCGGACAACGCCGAAGACUUGAACGUGGACUUGGAGGGCUACUAUACCUUCGUGCGACCCCGCCAUCUCCGGCAAUCCUGUUUCAUCCUAGAAACUUGUAGAAGUGCCUAAACACGCUCACCAACCAACCACAUCCCGCAGACACGCUGGCCGCCAACCACUGACGUCAUGUUUGGCGGGAAGGGAGGGCAAUUAUAUAUACAAACAUAUAUAUAUAAAUAUAUAUAAAUAUAUAUAUAUAUAUGUAGGUUUUUUUCCCCAACUGUCCAUCGACAUCACAAGUGUCUUUCUGGAACUAGCUUUGUAGAAUGUCUGUGGACUUUCACGGCAUACCAUUAUUUCUUACUGGUAGUUUACAUGAGGAAUAGGAGUUUAAAAAAAAAAAAACAUGUAUUGUAAAAGCGUUUAACUUAUGUAACUUUCUUUUCACAGUCUGGUUCCAGAGUUCAAAGUUUGUGUUGUGUUUUCUUUGAACGUAUGUGUGAAUCCCCCUCCAAUAGCACUUCAAGCAAGUCGAGAUCAUGUGGUUUUUUUUCUUUUCUGUUUUGUAAACAAUUUUUCUAUUUCAUGUUUUGUUUCGCAAUGUUUAAACUAUUAUUUUUUUGCCCAAAACAAUGUCAUUUCAUGGUGCUUGAUGCUUACCAUCGACAAUCCACAAUCAGACCUGAUAGGUUUUACUCUAUUUGAUUGUCCUCAUACAUUGAGAGUGUUUGUGUGUGUGUGUCAUAUUUGUGGCAGGGGAGUGUAAAGUUCUAUUUUGUUGUAAUUUAUGGUGUUACUCUUGUUCUAGUUAAUUGCUCCGAAAUGAAUGUAAUUUAUUGUGCAUGGUUGGAGGUCAUGUGACAAGCUGCUUUCGGGGCCUAUAAGCUACUGGACCUUUAUGGCCUUCUGGUAAGAAAACAUAACAAGGAAAAGUGAGUUGACUGUGUUGUUGGAGUCAUAAUGUGUUGUAUAGAUGACAUUUUAGCGAGAGAGGGAGAGUGAGGGGGAAAAGAAAACUCAAAAAGAUGUACUUUACACUCUAGUAUGUUAGUAUUUCAUAACAAUAUAAGUUGUUGCCGUGGCAACCAAACGUUGCAGUUACUAAAGUUUGGUAUUUUUGUAAAAGACAUUGUUUAGUUGACUUUUUUCUGUCGUUGUUUUUGUUUUGUUUUUGUUUUUUUGCUAGAGCACUGUACACAUGUUAGAUUGUAAAGAUAGUAACAUUUCUUAUUCUUCACGGAGAUUGUAACAAUGACCUUUUCACUAGCAAACAGCCCCUUAUAGUGCUGUCACUCAAUAAUAGACUCAAUAUCACAUAGACUAUAUGAUUAUAUCAAAAAGUAUAUAUGAAUAAAUAAGAACUAAAUCAUUUAUAAAUGAUUGCGUUGUUCAUUAAGGACCUUCAGGAUCCACACUAUGUUUUAUUCAACGUAACACUUAAGGAUUGCACUUUUCAUACGGUUUCCUGUCAAGGCGUCAUGUUUCCGGAACAACAGCAGGUUCUACCAUGAGACAACCAAAAUGGGCAACUUGCUUUGAGGAGAAAAAGUCAUUUUCUUCUAAGUCGGUGUGUGAAGUAGGAGAUGACCUUGUUUGGUUUAACAAUGUUUUUUCAAACGUCACCAUUGACUGAAGGUCAAAAAAGCAACUUUUUGAGCAAGACACAUGGCCUUAAAUCCGUUUCUGUUUCUUCUUUACCCCCUGAGUUUGAGUUCAAAUAAAUAUUUUUUAAUCUAAAGCCAUUCUAUGGAGGCCAAAGCGGGCGAAGGACACCAAACUGCUGUGACUUCAGAACUUGUCGUUCUCAGAUUUUGCCAGCAGAGGGCGCCAGACGGGGGGGGCGGGGCACAGGGCGUGUGUUGUUGUGUGCCAUCAUUGUUGCUGUGCGCCUCGACAACCAAACAGGACCCUCAUCCGAUAGUGUAAUCAUUUCUGAACAAUGUAUUCUUUUGAAUAUAUUUUGUGCUAUAUUAUGUUUAUAUUAGUCAAAUGUUUGUUCUUUGGUUCCAGCAAUAGUGUAAAAUCUAUUGGAAAGGAGGAAAUAAAGAAAAGCAAAAGCUUUUUGUUGGCCAUCUCUUUA